CGUCCCUAUCCGCUCGAGGCACCUGUGCUCACAUUGAAGAGUCGGAUAGAAGCGACCGAGACUGCGGCGUGAAUCGUCGAACCAGACUGGCCCAGCCGGAAGCGACCUUUGCGACGAUCGAGACGCCCGCCAACGCAUAUCUAUCCGCUUGGGCUGGGUGCCCUGAUCCGAAUAGUCUUGAGUCUUGAGGAGCAGGGCGGGAAACGGCGUGGGGACAGGGGUAUACGGAAAGGGCCGACUUGAUCUAUGCCAAAGGAUGCAAGCGGACACGCCAUCAGACGCCAAUGCGUCGUCGGAGAGCGGCUCAACCUCUGCCGCCCCCAAUGACUUGCAGGCUCGACCUUCGGCCGCAGGUCGUCGAGGGCAUCACCGAAAGCACUCGUCCAUCUCAGUGAAAGUACAGAAGCGUGGCAGUGCCAUUUUGGCACGACCGCCAGGAAAGGAGGAUCCGCCAGACAAUGUACUGUCUACUACGCCUGCUUCUACGAGCACACUACAGGCACCAGAUAGGCCGGGAGUCGCCGAUGGCGAAGCUGCUACUGAGGAUAGGACGCCGGCAACUGCAGAUGAUUCGAGCCUUGCAAUCGUGCCGGAACUACAACCGUCUCCGGACUCGGACAGCUCAUCCGUCAAUGAAGUAGAGGGGAUCAAACUUCGUGAAGACAACCUUACAACAUUCCGGGACCGAGCGCUAAGCGCAAAUGUGGCAGUGGACGAGGACGGAGGAGCUGAGGAGGCAAAGGAGAUGCAAGGCAGCCCACAAUUACGAGGACAAGGGGCUUUGGAAAAGCUUCAUGUCCAGAUGGCGCAAGCAAAUCAGGAAGAUGCGGCAACUGAUGCGAUCGAGGAGGCGGAAGACACUGCACCAGCUCUUCCGGCGAAAGACGUGCUGCACACUUCGCCUCGGCCCCAAGCAGUCAUUGGAGAUGCCUUCAACUCGCCGCCUCGAGAUCGCACCAUGUUGCCAACAACAGGGUCGCUGCUCAGCGGAUCACCACGUUCUGGAACGCAUGCGCAAUGGGCAACACGGAGAGAUGCGAUGCGCACCAGUCUUCUUUCCGACCUCGGCACGAAAUUCAAUCGGAGGCCUUCCGCAAGCUCCGUAGGCGGUGUACACGGUUCGCCGCGUGCAUCUGCUUCAGAACAAGAGGCCGCUAUGGCCAGCGUGUCAGGCAGCAAGACAAUCCCGCUGCGGAGAGGCAAGCGCAUGUCGAUCGGGUACAUUUCCAGCGGGACCAGUUCACCAGCUAUGGGAUCCGUGGGCGGGCGCUUUGCGAGCUUUCAAAGUCCAGCAGGGGCAGGAGCUGAGAUGUCAGGGCUAGACACCCCCGGCUCGGUAACACCAGAGACGAACGGCUACGCAGCCGAUGCUUCCGCCUCGAGCGACGUUUCGUACUUCAACUAUGGAGCUCCAGGUGCACGAAGAAUUCGUCAUUCGCCCUCGAUCUCUUCCGCUUCCAGCGCGACCUCGCCUUCGCGUUUCCCACACGGAUUGAUGUCAAGCAUCGGGUCCGCGUCCCAUUCUGGCGGAGCAGGCACGGGCGCAUUGACGCCGACGCUCGAGAAUGGGCUACCGGCGUCUGUACUUACUACGCGCAUGUCAUUGCUGGAUUCGCCAACGCGUGGUGGUGCAGGCAAACCGUCGAUUGGGCUGGGAGGCACGGGUCCGAGGGAGGAAGUGGAGGCCGCCAUGGCCAGGAGCAAAAACUUGCUGAGCGCUAUUGCCGCCAAAGAGCAGCGAUGCUUAGACUUAAAAGAGGAGCUCGGCCGGGAAGAAGCAGAGCUGAAGGCGCUGCGUGACGCAUGGCAAAGGUCUGUCGCGAACACGAUCGCGACGGAAGGCUUGAUCGAUCAGCCGCUGCAGAAGGCUGCAGGUCGUACCUCUUUCGCUGCAAUGCCCCUCCACGCUUGUCACGCCAACAGCGGCACCGGCGCGGGAAUAUCUAUCUCAUCCCUUUCGUCCGUCACGAGUGGCAACACAAGCGUCGCAUCGGAAACGUCUGAGCUCGCUGCUAUGCAGGCAGCAGCGGCAGAGACGAUUAAAGGGUGGAGCGGGAAGAUUAGCAACUUCUUCGAGGUCGCUCUCGCGGCGCCUACGCCGGAUCCUCGGUUCUCCACGUCCACUGGGAUCGAUGUUUCUGAAGCAGCAAUAUCAGUGUCGUCAGCCGCAACAGAUGAAGGACCUGUGCCUGAUUUGCCAAUGAAGGACUCCCGAACUGGCCUCGAGAGUCUUUCCGAGGCAGAAGAAGACGAAGCUUCGAUGGCCAUUGGGGGCAAGAAAGCGGCGGACACAAAGUCAUUGCCGAAGCUUCCCGCAAAGGAUACGAGCACCCGCUCGCUUUUGCAAGGCGUUGGCGGAUCGGUACCGCGGACGGCGAGCUUGAGUUCUAGCCGUUCGGCGCAGUCAAAGCGCACCUCAGUGUUCGGCGCCUUUCCAGGCUUCAAUGUCGUGUCAUUCGGCAGUGUUGCAAUGGGAGAAGCGGGAGGAAACGCAGGCGAUGGCGGUGCAAAUGCCGCUGGUGGCUGGGGGACCUGGUCUCAGCGCCUCAAGGAGGCGCGAGAAGGAGCUUCGACGUUGUUGGCGAAAGCGGAGAAGGGAUUGGAGAGCAUUGUGACGAUUGACGAAGGGGGCAUGGCGGAGCGCGAGCGACCGCGGAUAGAAGGUGGGAUCGUGCUGGACGACAGCGCCCACGACGGUUCAAUGCCGCGGCGCAUCCACCUAGACGAGGCCAACGAGAGGGAGCGGACCGCGCUGCGGGGUCUGGGAACGGACUGGUUCCGAUCCAAGGCGAGCAGUCCGACAUUUGCCGCAUCGCCACCACCACCACCAGACUCGGCGAGGCUUUCACCGUCACCGGGGCUGGGAUCAAAGGACGAGAAGCGGCUCAGCACCAGCUCGAAUGGUACCAUCAAGUCGGGUGGAUCGGCUUCGUCGCUCUCACGGUCCACAUCCACGGCCAUUGCCACUAACGGGAAGCCCAGCACCGGGGCCGAUAGUAGCUGGCAGUGGUGACCAUAUUCGCCUCGAUAGCAAGGGAGACUCGUGAGACAUGUGUAGCAUAAUUAUUGUCUUUGGUGGUUAUCCAUGACGUAUCGAAC